UUCACCGCACGACCCAGCCGAUCUGCGGACACCUCGGUUCGGGUUUCAGUGAUGAAAAUAUUGGAUUAUAUCUCACGGUUCGUUUUAAAUGUGGAAGUUUGAAUAAGAAGAUAAGGGUUUUGGUGAAUCGUGAUUUGAGGAGCCAUGAGCUCGGGGGAAGCAGAGAGCGCGUGUAAGGACGGAUCUGAUGUAGCGGCUCUCUUCAAAACCGAUUGUUCUUUCCCGAAGUGUGAAGCCAAGCUGGAUUUAGCUGGACACACAGGGUUUAACAGAAAUGAAGAAAUGAAGGCCAUCGAGGUUCUGCCCAUCCUGAAAGAGAAAGUGGCUUUUAUAUCAGGAGGGAGAGACAGACGAGGGGGACCGGUCCUCACGUUUCCAGCCAGAACCAAUCACGACAGAAUAAGACAAGAGGAUCUUCGACGUCUCAUUUCCUACCUGGCAGGAAUUCCCAGUGAGGAGGUCAGCAGGCAUGGCUUCACUGUUAUCGUGGAUAUGCGAGGCUCCAAAUGGGACUCCAUCAAACCUCUGCUGAAGAUCCUGCAGGAGUCUUUCCCAUCCUGCAUCCACGUGGCUCUCAUCAUCAAACCUGACAACUUCUGGCAGAAACAGAGAACCAACUUCGGCAGCUCCAAGUUUGAGUUUGAGACCAUUAUGGUGUCCCUGGAGGGCUUGUCCAAGGCAGUGGAUCCCUCACAGCUGACCGCUGACUUGGACGGCAGCCUGGACUACGAUCACGACGAGUGGAUCGAGGUGCGCAUGGCUUUUGAGGAGUUUGCAGGAAACGUGACUCGUGCUGUGACCCGCCUCGAUCAGCUUCAGGAGCUCGUUUCUUGUCGGGAGCUCCCGGACGACCUGGAGAGUGCGCGGUGUGCCAUGGACGAGCACGCGGUGUUAAAGAAACGGAUAGCCAAAGCACCGGACGGGGACCUGGAGGCUGAGGGUCAGCGUCUGCUCCACCGUAUACAGGGAUGUAUGCGGACAGGCGGAGAGGUACAGGGCCUGGCACCCAGGGUGUCAGCGCUGCUGGAGGAGCUGCGAGCUGCCCGGCAGCAUCUGCAGCAGUUCUGGCACGGUCGUAAACUCAAGCUGGACCAGUGCUUCCAGCUCCGGCUCUUCGAACAGGAUGCAGAGAAGAUGUUUGACUGGAUCGUCCACAACAAGGGUCUUUUCCUGACCAGCUACACAGAGAUCGGUUCAAACCACCAACAUGUUCUGGACCUACAGACCCAGCAUAACCACUUUGCAAUGAACUGCAUGAACGUCUACGUGAACAUCAGCCGGAUCGUAGCGGUGGGGAAGCGCUUGUUAGAAGGAGGCCAUUAUGCAGCCGUGCAGAUCCAGCAGCUCUCAGCACAGCUUGAACGGGAAUGGAAGUCUUUUGGUUCAGCGCUGGAUGAGAGGAGCGCCAUGCUGGAGAUGUCGGCUAACUUUCACCAAAAGAGCGACCAGUACUUGAGUAACAUGGAGUCGUGGUGUAAAGCAUGUGGUGAAGGCGAGCUCCCAUCAGAGCUCCAGGACCUGGAAGAUACCAUCCACCACCACCAGGGCCUCUACGAACACAUCUCAACUGCUUACUCAGAGGUAAGUCAAGAUGGGAAAGCUCUAUUGGACAAACUCCAGCGCCCUUUGACCAAGGGCAGCGCUGAUUCACUAACAGCGUCGGUCAACUAUACCAAGGCGGUCAACCACGUGCUGGACAUCAUUCAUGAGGUGCUGCAUCACCAGAGACAGCUGGAGAACAUCUGGCAGCAUCGCAAACUCCGCCUGCACCAGCGUCUACAGCUUUGCGUCUUCCAACAGGACGUCCAGCAGGUUCUAGACUGGAUCGAGAAUCAUGGCGAGGCGUUUCUCAGCAAGCACAUGGGUGUGGGCAAAUCUCUUCACCGGGCACGGGCUCUGCAGAAACGCCAUGAGGACUUUGAAGAGGUGGCACAGAACACGUACACUAAUGCUGAUAAGCUGCUGGAGGCUGCAGAGCAGCUGGCGCAGACGGGCGAGUGUGACCCAGAGGAGAUAUACCAGGCUGCCCACCAGCUAGAAGAUCGGAUCCAGGACUUUGUGAGGCGUGUGGAGCAGCGCAAAGUCCUGCUGGACAUGUCUGUGGCCUUUCAUACUCACGGCAAAGAGUUGUGGACGUGGAUGGAGGAGCUACAGAAGGAGCUGUUAGAUGACAUGUACGCUGAGACGGUGGAGGCUGUGCAGGACCUGAUCAAACGUUUUGGCCAGCAGCAGCAGACGACACUUCAGUGCACUGUCAACGUCAUCAAAGAGGGAGAGGAACUCAUCCAGCAGCUCAGAGACUCUGCAGUCUCCAGCAACAAGACGCCACACAACAGCUCCAUGGCUCACAUCGAGAGUGUCCUGCAGCAGCUGGAUGAAGCUCAGGCUCGUAUGGAGGAACUCUUUCAGGAGAGAAAGAUCAAACUGGAGCUCUUCCUUCAGCUGCGAAUCUUUGAGAGAGACGCCAUUGAUGUGAUCUCAGACCUGGAGUCAUGGAGCGAAGAGUUGGUGCAACAGCUGGGUGAGUUUGACACUGAGGAGCUGACUGUUGCUGAACAGCGUCUGCAGCAGCAUGCUGAGAAAACUCUCACCAUGAACAACCUGACCUUUCACGCCAUCCACCAGGGCCGCGAGCUGCUGCAGUACGUCACCGAGGUGCACAACUCAGUAGGUAUAGAGCUGUUGUGUGAUCGAGAUGUUAACAUGGCCACAAGGGUUCAGGACCUGCUGGACUUCCUGCACGAGAAGCAGCAGGAGCUGGACGCAGCAGCCGAGCAGCACAGGCGGCACCUGGAGCAGUGCGUGCAACUGCGCCACCUACAGGCCGAGGUCAAACAGGUACUGGGAUGGAUCCGUAAUGGCGAGUCCAUGUUGAACGCCGGGCUGAUAACAGCCAGUUCUCUACAGGAGGCUGAGCAGCUUCAAAGGGAACACGAGCAGUUUCAGCACGCCAUUGAGAAGACACACCAGAGUGCACUGCAGGUGCAGCAGAAGGCCGAGGCAUUGCUACAGGCAGCACACUAUGACAGCGAGACCAUUCGUGAGUGCGCCGAGAAGGUGGCAUCGCACUGGCAGCAGCUCAUGCUCAAGAUGGAGGACCGACUCAAGCUGGUUCAUGCCUCGGUGGCCUUCUACAAAACCUCAGAGCAGGUGUGCAGUGUGUUGGAGAGUCUGGAGCAGGAGUACAAGCGGGAGGAGGACUGGUGUGGAGGAUCGGAUAAACUCGGACCUAACUCCGAGUCUGAUCAUGUGACGCCAAUGAUCAGUAAACAUUUGGAGCAGAAGGAAGCUUUCCUCAAGGCGUGUACGUUGGCACGACGUAAUGCAGAUGUGUUUAUGAAGUAUCUGCAUCGGAACAGUGUGAACAUGCCGGGCAUGCUGGCACAAAUUAAAGCUCCAGAACAGCAAGUCAAGAAUAUCCUGAAUGAAUUGCUGCAGAGGGAGAACAGAGUUCUUCACUUCUGGACGAUGAGGAGAAGGAGGCUCGAUCAUUGCCAGCAGUACGUGGUGUUUGAGCGCAGCGCCAAGCAGGCUCUGGAGUGGAUCCAUGAUACAGGAGAAUUCUACCUGUCCACACACACCUCAGCUGGGUCCAACAUCCACCAUACACAGGAACUGCUGAAAGAACACGAAGAGUUCCAGAUCACAGCCAAGCAAACCAAAGAGCGGGUGAAGCUGUUGAUCCAGUUGGCGGACGGCUUCUGUGAGAAGGGCCACUCCCAUUCGGGUGAGAUCAAGAAAUGGGUGGUAUCGUUGGACAAGCGCUACCGAGACUUCUCGCUCUGUAUGGACAAAUACCGCUCCUGUCUGGAAAAAGCACUGGGCAUAUCUUCUGAAUUUCGCAAGAGCAAAGACUUGCAGCUGGACAUCAUUCCGGCUGGAGCUCCAGGAGCCGAGGUCAAGCUGCGAGACGCCAACAAUGAGCUUAACGAGGAGAAACGCAAGUCAGCGCGGCGCAAAGAGUUUAUUAUGGCCGAGCUGAUUCAGACGGAGAAGGCCUAUGUGAGGGACCUGCGCGAGUGCAUGGAUACGUACCUGUGGGAGAUGACCAGCGGCGUGGAGGAGAUCCCACCAGGAAUUGUCAACAAAGAGCACAUCAUCUUCGGGAACAUGCAGGACAUCUACGAGUUCCACCACAACAUUUUUCUGAAAGAGCUGGAGAAGUACGAGCAGCUGCCUGAAGACGUCGGCCACUGCUUUGUCACAUGGGCGGACAAGUUCCAGAUGUACGUGAGCUACUGUAAGAACAAGCCAGACUCCACUCAGCUCAUCCUGGACCACGCCGGCUCCUAUUUCGACGAGAUCCAGCAGAGGCACAGACUGGCGAAUUCCAUCUCCUCCUAUCUUAUUAAACCUGUGCAGAGGAUCACCAAGUACCAGCUGCUUCUCAAGGAGCUUCUAACGUGUUGUGAGGAGGGCAAAGGUGAGAUCAAAGAUGGCCUGGAGGUCAUGCUCAGCGUGCCCAAGAAAGCAAAUGAUGCCAUGCACCUCAGUAUGCUUGAAGGGUUCGAUGAAAAUCUGGAGUCUCAGGGAGAGCUGAUCCUGCAGGAGUCGUUCCAGGUGUGGGACCCGAAGACUCUGAUCCGUAAGGGUCGGGAUCGCCAUCUGUUCCUGUUCGAGAUGUCCCUCAUCUUCAGCAAGGACGUCAAAGACUCCAGCGGCAGGAGCAAAUACCUCUACAAGAGCAAGCUAAUGACCUCAGCACUGGGAGUGACGGAGCAUGUGGAAGGGGAUCCGUGCAAAUUUGCUCUCUGGGUCGGACGCACACCUACCUCAGACAACAAAAUCGUCCUCAAGGCCUCCAGUCUUGAGAAUAAGCAGGACUGGAUAAAGCAUGUGCGAGAGGUGAUCCAGGAACGUACCAUCCACCUGCGGGGGGCGCUCAAAGAACCCAUCCACAUUCCCAAAACUACCACCAGCACAAAAGUCAAAGGAAGAAGGGAUGGAGAGGAGCUGGACAGUCAGUGUGAUGUGAGUAGCCAGCCAGACACCAUUUCCAUCGCAUCCCGCACCUCCCAGAACACACUGGACAGUGAUAAGCUGUCCGGAGGCUGCGAGCUGACCGUGGUCAUGCACGACUUCAUGGCCGGUAACGGUUCCGAGCUGAGCGUGAAGCGUGGACAGACCGUGGAGAUACUGGAGAGGUCUCAGGAGAAGCCAGAUUGGUGCCUGGUGCGGACCACAGAUCGAUCCCCCGCCCAGGAAGGCCUGGUCCCCAGCGCCAUGCUGUGCAUCGCCCACUCACGUAGCAGCAUGGAAAUGGAGGGAAUAUUUAACCACAAAGACACUCUUUCUGUAUCCAGUAAUGAUGGAACAAUGUCAGGUAGUGCCACGCUCCAACCCAGUCACCUGCAGGGCUCACCGGGUGCCAAGCGGCCAGGUAAUACACUGCGCAAGUGGCUGACGAGCCCGGUACGACGUCUCAGCAGUGGUAAGGCUGACGGGCAUGUGAAGAAACUGGCACACAAGCACAAGAAGAACCGCAAGAGCGCCGAAAUACAGAGAGACCUGGAUGAGAUCGGGGUGACACCACAGGAUGAGACUGUUGAAGAGAGGAUGAGAAUUGAAGGUCUGGGAAGCGGAACACUCUCUAAAUCGUCUUCAUCGGGCAUGCAGAGCUGUGGAGAAGAAGAAUGCGAGGAGGGUACCGACACCAUACCCCUGCCUCCACCCAUGGCCAUUCAGCAGCACAGCCUCCUCCAUCCGGACUCGCAGGACGAAAAAGCGUCCCGUCUGUAUGGGGGUCCCGGCAGUUCCGACACCCCCAGUGCUGCUGAGCUGGUCAGCGCUAUUGAAGAACUUGUCAAAAGCAAGAUGAAUCUGGAGGAUCAGACCAGUUCCUUCUCAGGAGAACAAGUGGACAGCAGCAGCCCCUCCUGUAACCCCUCUGAUACCUCGUUACUACUUUCAUCUUCACCUGCUGAUGAGAUGGAUGAGCGCAAAACCGGAUUCCUCAAGAAACGCCACUUUGUGCUCUUGGAGUUGGUGGAGACAGAGCGAGACUACGUUAGAGACCUGGGUGCGAUAGUGGAGGGCUACAUUAGCCGGAUGAAGGAGGAGGGGGUUCCGGAUGACAUGAGGGGCAAAGACAAGAUUGUGUUUGGAAACAUUCACCAGAUCUUCGACUGGCACAAAGACUUCUUCUUGAGCGAGCUGGAGAAGUGUCUGGAGGAUCCGGACAGGGUGGCACCUCUGUUCAUCAAACAUGAGCGUCGGUUACACAUGUACAUCGUGUAUUGCCAAAACAAACCCAAAUCUGAGCACAUCGUCUCUGAGUACAUAGACACUUACUUUGAGGAUCUCAAGCAGCGUUUGGGCCACAGACUGCAGCUCACAGACCUGCUGAUUAAACCUGUACAGAGGAUCAUGAAGUACCAGUUGCUGCUAAAGGAUUUCUUUAAGUUCUCCAAGAAGGCUGGUGUCGAUACGACAGAGCUAGAGAAAGCAGUAGAGGUCAUGUGUGUUGUUCCCAAGUGCUGCAAUGACAUGAUGAACGUGGGGCGUCUACAGGGAUUCGAUGGUAAGAUUGUUGCUCAGGGACGGCUCCUCCUCCAGGACACCUUCAUGGUGUCGGAUCAGGAUUCAGGGCUGCUCUCCAGGACGAAGGAGAGGAGGGUCUUUCUGUUUGAGCAGAUCGUUAUCUUCAGUGAACCGCUGGACAAGAAGAAGGGAUUUUCUACACCAGGCUAUCUGUUCAAGAACAGUGUCAAGGUCAGCUGUUUGGGGCUGGAGGAGAGUUCGGACAGCGACCCCUGUAGGUUCACUUUGACCUCCAGGUCUUCCACAGGAGGCACAGAAAGAUUCGUCCUGCAAUCGUCCAGCCCGGCCCUGUGUCACACCUGGGUUCAACAGAUCAGUAGCAUCCUGGAGAACCAGAGGAACUUUCUUAAUGCACUGACGUCUCCCAUCGAAUACCAGCGGAACCACGUUGGAGCCAGCACUCCCAUUCCAUGCAGCAGCAGCAGCAGCAGUAGUGUCGCUGUCAUUUCCCGACCUCGAGGAUCCAGAAUUCCCCAACCCAUGCAGUCCCACCCCCCUUCAUCCUCAGGUACGUUCCCAGAAGUCUUUGGGACAUGUCCUUUCGAGACCCCCAUGAACGAGUCGCGAGAGGAGACCCGUCCGGCUUCUCGAGCUGCAGUGUCCCCGACGACCCUCACUCUAUCCAGGCCUCGAUCAGGGUUCCCUUCACCCAUAAUCUCCCCUUCGAAACCCCUGAGUCCAGGUCAGUUUACCCCGAGAGUCUCCCCCUCCGCCUGGCCGCCAGUUACAGAGCAGAACCAGAAGAGAAAGGAAACGGAUCGGGUCAGUACCUGCUCCUCGGCCAGCGAACACUCCACACACUCCCUGCACUCCAAUGGGAGUGAAAACAGCAGCAGCAGUAGCAGUGUAUCCACCAUGCUGGUGACCCAGGACUACGUGGCACUGAAGGAGGAUGAGAUCAGCGUACAUCAGGGUGAAGCUGUGCAGAUCUUAUCCUCCAACCAGCAGAGCAUGUUCCUGGUGUUCAGGGCUCCCACUGAGCUGUGCCCAGCUGCCGAGGGCUGGAUCCCUGCCCACGUGCUGGGUCAUACCUCUACCCGUGCCACAGACUACACCAGCACAACCCUCAAGAAGUCAUCGUCAUGGCACACGGCACUGCGCAUCCGCCGAAAACCAGAAAAGAGAGAGAGGGAAGGAAGAAGAGAUGGCAGGCAGCAGAACAAGGUUUCUGUAAAGCUUCUUAAUCCAAACUACAUCUAUGAUGCUCCCCCAGAAUUUGUAGUACCAUUGACUGAUACCACGUGUGAUAGCGGAGACAGUGUGACUCUGCGCUGUAAGGUCAGAGGUCAACCCAGAGCCUCAGUGUCCUGGAGGAGACCUGAUCAGAACCUCCUCAGUGAUGGAGGCAGAUAUACACUGACAUACAGUGAGACGGGCGAGGUGACCCUCCGUAUCUCUCCUGUGACUGUAGAGGACGACGGCACCUACACCUGCACUGCUACUAAUGAAGUGGGGACGGUCACCAUGUCCGCCUGCCUGCAAGUGGAAGUUACCUCCAAUGAUGGAACCAUCUGGAAGGACAACUUUGAGUCGCUCUACACAGAAGGGAUGGAGCUUGGGAGAGGCAGAUACUCUGUGGCUAAAUGGUGUGAGAAGCGAGGUUCCAGGCAAUCGGUGGUGGCAAAGAUGGUGAACAAGAAGCUGAUGCGUCGCGAGCAGGUAAUGAGGGAGCUGAGCGUCCUGCGUUGUGUACAGCACCCAAAUGUAAUGGGCCUCUUGGACACCUUUGAGACCAACACCAGCUACGUGCUCGUGCUCGAAAUGGCAGAUCAAGGUCGUCUCCUGGACUACAUCGUGAGCUGGGGGAACUUGACUGAAGAGAAGGUGUCUCUUUAUCUGCGGGACAUUUUGGAAGCUUUGCAAUACCUCCAUUCCUGCAGGAUUGCUCAUCUAGACCUGAAGCCGGAGAACGUGGUGGUGGAGCAGGCAUCUGCUCAUCCUGUGGUAAAACUGACCGAUUUUGGUGAUGCCACACUCCUCACUUCCACCCCCUACAUCCACCCUCUGGUCGGAAGCCCUGAAUUCUGCGCCCCCGAAGUGGUGCUGGGUGAGCCUGCAUCACUAACGUCUGACCUCUGGAGCUUGGGCGUUCUGGCAUAUGUGCUGUUGAGCGGUGCCUCGCCAUUUCUAGAUGAGAGUGUCGAAGAGACAUGCCUCAACAUCUGCCGUCUGGACUACAGCUUCCCUGAGGACUAUUUUAGUGGAGCGAGCAAGGCGGCUUGUGACUUUGUGCGUUCUCUGCUACGCACUGAGAUGGUCAGGCGACCCUCAGCUCUGGCCUGCCUGCAGGGGGACCCGUGGCUUUGCUCCCAAGCUGCUGCAGGGACAGUCCGUCUUGAUGCAGCAAGGCUUGUGGCCUUCACUGAGAGGCGCAAGCACCAGAGUGACAUGCGGCCAAUGGACGGGCUCAGGACAUUUGUGCGAAGCAGGGUGCUGGGCAAGGCGUGAGGGAGAAUGAAGUAGGGAGGAGUGUUGUGAAGUGGAAUUCUCAGGCAGGGGUAAGAGUGCCUCAACUACAGGGGAGCCUGGCAGGAGAUGAGGUGGAAAGAUCCUGGAGGGUGGGGUCACAGAUCUGCGCAUAUAUGCCAGGGAUGGAGGAGUAGAAAUAACCCUUUGAUGUUCUGCAAUCCACUAAUCCAGAUGAAUUGACCUCUUCUUUAAAGUGCUAUGUACUAAAAAGGGUUUUUUUUGUCAGGCAAAGUGUCUGGUACAUGAAUGGAGCCUUAAGGGCAUAGAAUGGAUGGAGCCUGGAUUAUCAAGGGUGACCCAUAAGUCUUAAUUACAAAAAAUGGCCACCUAGCAAUAACCUCGUCCUUUUCUCAAGAGUCAUGCUUGCCAAUUGGUAACAAUUGAGUAAUCUACAGAAAAGUUACAAGCUCUAAUCUAAAGCAGAACCUUAUCCUCAUGUUUUAAAACCAUGGUACAUCAAAAACGGGGUAUCUUGAGCAGGUUUGAUGGAGUCUGGAUCACAGACGCUGGAGGAUGAAGGGAAACUAAAGCCUACAGUUUUGAGGGUUUGUAUGACUGGGGCUGUACCAACACUGGAGAACUAUUAUCUGCCUCAUCCUUGACUCAAAAGUAUACCAGACCACGGUAGCUUUCUAGUCUUAUUUGGUAAUUAGUGGGUAGAAAUCUAUUUCCUCUGAAGUACAUGAUAAAAAACCUCCAAUGGAUGGGUGUAAGACCAGAACAGAUAGUGCCUUUCCCCUCAUUUUAAAGUUGUGGUACCUCUCAGUACGAUCAGUUCCUCUAGAAGAUCUGAGGAACCCUGAAAGAAAGAGGCAGCGUAGAGGGUUUUUAAGCAGACAUGGCCUUUCUACGUAAGCCUAAUGUUACUGUAGCCUGAGAGCCUGGAGUUUAAAAGGAUUUCAGAUCAUAGAGGUAUCCUAACAACUGAAAGAAAUUCUAGAUCUGGACACCACUGAUGGAGGUCCAACAUCUCAUCCCUGUCUCAGGACUGCUGAUUAGUGCUAGCUUUAUGUCAUGUUUACAAGUGAUGACUGGGUUACUCAGGAAGAGUAGGGAACGUUGAGUAUGGAGGAACUUCCAACUAACCUCAGCCCAAACAAGAGCCUGCUAGACUCAACCCUCAAGUAUCCCUCAAGAAAGAUGCUUGGAACUUUAUGGAAAAUAUUCCAAAAACGGGGCUCCUCUUAAGGUGGAAUCUCAUCCUUUUUUCAGUGUCACGUUUUAUACUAGAGUUGAAAUACUGCUGCUGCUGUUGCUAAUAACAACUCCCAAAUCAACAUAAAAAUAAUCACGUCAGCCUCAUUAACAUACCCUCUUUUCUAAGGGAACUGCACAGAAGCACAAAAAGAGACUUUUUUAAGGGAACGUUUUCUUCUUUGAGACAGAAAGAGGUGAGCGUUUUAUUUUGGAUAGUAUCUGAAUCAGGUUGUUUCGGUACUGUAUCGCUGUAUUCAGGAAAGUCUGCAUUUUGUACAAAACGUGUAUAGAAGCACAGCGAAGAAGUUUAUUUAGAAAUGAAACCGGUUACACGCUGACAUUUAUUCAUCUCGAAAUCAUUGUAGCAGAGAGUUGGUGGAGGUCCACCAUGCAAAAGAAAGAAUCUUUUCAUUUACUUCCAUCUUGUCUAUUGGACUUGCUUUGUAAAUAAACUGUAGCCACCUAUGUUUUCAUUGGCCUUGUUUUAUUAUUGUUUUUACCACCCUCGUCAAUUUCCCCUCACUAACAAUUUUCCCUCAACACAGUCUCCACCUCAAACUUAAGUGGCGUUCUACUACUUAGCAAGCUAGUUAUUCAGCAAGCCAGAUUGUACACAAGCACAUUCUUCACUGCAAGUACAGCAUUCAUUAUUAUGUUUCAGGUAUUACAUAUUUGACAUCUGGGUUGUUUCCAUACACUGCUUACUAGUUACAAGCUAAUUAGCUACCUAGCUCAUUGGCUGCCUCCUUUGUUUUGUACUUAGAAUGUUUGUUAGUUUGAAAACCAGCUCACAGCCGCUCAGGUGGCACAGCGGUAAAAUACGCUAGCACACCAGAGCUGGGAUUUUGAAUACGUCAUAUCAAAUCUCAGCUCUGCCAUCUGGCUGGGCUGGGUGGCUAUAUGAAAAAUGUUUGGCUGUUGUUCAUCCAGGAAGGGAGCCAGAUAGGGAGAAUAAUGAGGAUCAGGGUGUGUCUCUCCUUGCACAAAGCUGAUCCGCAGAUGAACUCGCCUCGUGCAGACGAAAAGAUGCAGUUGGCUACUGCACACGUGUCGGAGGGGGCGUGUGUCAGUUUGUGCUUAAACUGGGAGAAAAAGGGAGAACAUGAGAAAACCAGCUCACUAGCACUUCCACAAGUCAUCAGCACAUAUAACAUCUGACCUGCUAACUAUUUAGCCAGUUAAUUCACAUGCUAGUCAGCUUGGAAAGCUUUUUUGUUAGCUCCCUGUUUCUGUACUCAUUGGUAAGGAAGCUUGAUAGUUAGCAAGCUACCUCACUACCAUCCAUCCCUAACAUGUACUGCAAGAUACUGUAAAAAAUUAAUGAGAAUGUUACUUAGAAACGCCGCCCUGCUGUUCAAAGUUGAAUUCUUAGUUCAAAAACUAGCAUGUUGGCCUUCUUCUCUUAUGCACUGAGUAUUCAAUACACAAAACUAAUCUAAUCAAAAACAUGAAAGUUUGGCUAUUUUAAUUGGCUUUAUUUUAUUUUGAUACAGUUAGUCAAGUAAUAAGCUAGUCAGGUUGCCAUCCUGCCUAGCAGAACUUUUACUCUUCACAUGGUCACAUGUAGUUGAUAAACGAAUGAAUUUUAGUAUAUAACAUUUCAUUUGCUGUUUAACACUCCACAUGUCUGUUAACUUGUUAGUAAGCUAACUAGAUAGCAGGCCAGCUGUUUAGCAGAUCAGUUCAUUACAAAAUAUAGGUAGUAUUUAACAAGCCAGCUAAUUAGCAAACUUCUUCUUUGUAAUACAAGUGACUACUCAGUUGCCUUGCUAUUAUAUUAAAGAAAUAGCUUCAAGCAAUUACCAUUUAGCAUGCCAGCUAUUGGCAAAUAUAGCAUUUAAAUUGCUAUUGAUAAUUCUGCUAACUAGUUAGCAAGCUAGGUAGUUAGAAGGAUAGAUACUGUCAGCCACUUACAAUUCAACACUUUCAAAUUCUGAACAGAAUGUGACGAGGUUGUGUUAAAAACAAUAUAGAAACACGAGUUUGUAUUUAAGUGCGUUUAGACACUUUUUAAUUGUCUGGAUCGCAACACAAACGGACCAAUCAGACAAAGGAAUGCUAAAGCAUUGGAGAAAUUAGCACUUUUAUAUUUUCAUAACUUUCUAUGUGCAAUGUUCAGGAUUGCUGCAGCUAAUUAUGCUAAGUGGUGUUAAAGCUGCUGAUGUUGAGUUCCUGUACUAGCCACUAUGUUUAUUUGGUGUGUUUGUGGCUUUUAUUUGCUAAUCUCUCUGUGUUCAGUAUUAUUUUGUGAAAGCUAAGCUAAGUAUCUGUGUUGCACCUGUUUAUUAUACAUUAUACAUCAUGGCAUCUCAUUAUACCAAAGUUUAUUUUUAUCAUUCAUUAUACUUUCAGAUAACACAAACGUGGUCGUUUACAUGAAUUGAUCUUUAUUUAUUAUAUGUUCUGUAUUUUGUCUGAUAAACGUAGUGCUACAUUGAAAUCAUUUUAAUAAAUUAUAAUAUUUGUUCUUUAUAAAAGACGUAUGUAUAUUUGCAUGGGUAAAUAAUGUCUGUACAUUUCUUGCUGCUUCAUAGCUGUUUGGAGGAGUAAAGAAAAAAAAAACACCAAGGCUAAAUGCUAAUUUAGUUUGUUUUUCUAAAACAACAGUGUUUUACAUUUUAAACCACUUCUCACAAAGCUAAGAUGAGCAACAUUUUUAUUUGAUUGUAAUUUUUAGUUUUUUUCUUGGUUUUGUUGUUUUUAAGUUAUUUCAUUGCUGUGUAUAGCUGUACAGACUCAAACCAUAAAAAGUAGCCUUGUCAUAUUUUUUAACAUGCGAUAAAAUACCAUCAUGAAUGUUUCUGACUCGUAUGUUUGUGUGUAUAUGUUGUUGUACAGAUCUCAUACCUGUUUGCACAUUGUGUGCUGUACAUAUUUUAUUUCGGCUCUGUUAUUUUUGAGAUUAAACACGAAUCAUUUAAUUGGUCA